AGUCAUGUGACCAACAAGCAUGGCUAGCGUUUCGGGCUGUAAAAGUGCGUUCCAUCGGAUUAACAUGUCUGUCUGAAACUCAGAUAUGGAACUUCAGUGAGUUGCGGAUGCGCUAUGGGUGCCAAGGAUUCCAAAUCCUGCUCCAUUAAUUGUGAAGAUGCAUAUCGAAGAGUGUCCGAGUCUGAACUUAGGCGACUUCGUGAUGCCUUCAAGCGUGCAUCUAACCUCAGUGGCAUCAUCACUCGCCAGGCCUUCAUCAAAGAAGUGCUUGGCGAGUUUGUUCCACUCAAGUUAGCAGAGCAUAUUUUUCAAGCAUGCGGUGGCACAAGCAAAGGAAUAACUUUUAAGGACCUUUUGUGCGGCUUAGUCUUACUCACACGAGGCAGCACGGAAGAAAAACUCCGAUUUAUAUUCAAUUUAUACGCAAAUGAGGCUGGCACGCACGUGUGUAAAAAUGACAUGAUCAAGCUGGUCUUGGCAUGUGAUGGUGGCUUCAUUCCCGAAGCUGUGGCAGAUUGCUUUCUUGAGAGCGAAAGGGUUCCAUUUGAAGACUUUGCGGCAUGGCUACUGCUACAUCCUGACGCGACAUCCCUCACACGGUGGCUCCUCAACGAGCCGUGCUCUGUAACGUUGUCGAAUGACUUGGAAACACCAACAUUCUACCAGACACUGGCUGGGGUAACUCACUUGGAAGAAACAGAUAUUAUAGAAUUAGAAAAACGGUACUGGAUGCUGAAAACACAGUCACGGACAGGAAGAUUCGACUUGGAAAUGCUCAUUCCACUUAUUUCGCCUCCAGUGCCAGUAACAUUAUGUAAAGGCAUUUUUAACGCUUUUGACGAGAACAGGGACAACCACAUAGAUUUCAAGGAAAUGGCUUGUGGUGUCUCAGCCUGCUGCAGAGGGCCCUUGGCAGAAAGGCAGAAAUUUUGUUUCAAAGUAUUUGACGAGGACAUGGACGGGGGACUUUCGAGGCAGGAAGUUUACAACAUGGUAGCCUCACUCAUGGCACUUCAACAGGAAGAAAGGAACUGUACUGAAGAGCCUUUUAAGAUCCUACAUCCACCAACGAAAGAAGCCAUCAGUGCACUGGUCAACGAAGUCUUUGAAAACCACGACACAAACAAGAAUGGGAUCAUAUCUCUCGAUGAGUACCUCGUAUGGACGGUGAGUCACAGCCUGGCCAACUGUCUACUUAAUCUCAUGUUCCAGGUGUGCCAUAUUGUUCUGGGACUGAGGCCAUCUACAAGGGAAGAAGAAGGUGAAAUAGUUAGGGGCUGGCUGUUGAGAGAGGAGAGGCGCGGCCUCAAGGUCGGCCAAGUUCUUCACCUGAUCUCGAUGGAUUGGUGGAAGUCGUGGAGCGAAUACAUCGAGUUUAGGCCGGGGUCCUCAGGCUUCUCGUCUACGUCUAACAGUGGCGUGAAACUCACGAGCAAGCUGCAGCGGAAAAUCGACUCGAGCGUGGCACGCUCCUCCAUGGACGAUGGCUGCGUUGUUCUCUCGAGCGUGACUAGCCUAUCGGCAGACUUGGAACCAGUGUUGCCUUUCGAUGCACAGAGCGGAGCGCCGCUGACCAAUGGCUGUCCCAGUGCUCCAGCUUCUCCGAAGUGCUCUCGCACUGCUGCGCUACAGGGCACAGAUGCACCUCGGCCGCCUUCGCUCACUCCAUCACCUAAUUUGGCAAGGAAAGUACCUCCUCCUUUCCCACAGAGACCUCCGUCCAUUGACAAUACAGGCCUUGUGAUGCCCACUGCCAUAAAGGCGACUGUCCUGACAGGGGAAGGCGGUCGUCUGCAUCGCAACGUUCCCCUAGUUCAGGGGCGGGACUUUGAAGUGGUCCCAGAAUCUGUGUGGCGGGCCCUCUAUCAGUGGUACGGUGGAUCGCCGGCAUUGCCCCGGCAGGUAGUGCAACCCCUUGGAGGUGGGAGUCCGGAGUUAGAGCUCUACCCCGUCUGUCUGAAACUAUUCCGACAUCACACGCCCGGCGUCAAUUCCCGUGUUCCGGCUACCAGCUGGACAACGGUUGUUGGAAGUGUUGCUUCAGCAUAUGUGGGCAGUAUGGCCGUCGGGCAGAUCAACACGACCCCAAAGCGUUAUUUGGCCUACCUGGCAACGUUCAGCCGAACUUCUAGUCUACGCCAGGUGUUUGACUUCCUCUGCGCACGGUUGAGGUUGAGGUCAGAUGAUACAAGGCUGUGGCAGAUGAGGGAUGAGACUAACCUGGUGCUCUUGGAAGAGGAACCCUUAACUCUCGAACAGUUGGGCAUUGAAGAUGGAGAACAGAUUUUAAUUGAAGUGAGGAACAAAGAUCAAACAUGGCCCGAAGAAAUGUCCUGUAUUAUAAAUGCUAGGCUAGACCAGAAAAACCAAGGCCCAACCGAAAAAGGUGCCACUGGGCUGAACAACUUGGGUAACACAUGCUUCAUGAAUGCUGCUGUACAGUGUGUUAGCAAUACCAGGCCCCUGACUCAGUAUUUCAUCAACCAGAAGCACUUGUACGAGCUUAAUCGAUCAAAUCCUCUGGGUAUGAAAGGCCACAUAGCCAAGCGAUACGGAGACCUAGUGCACGACCUUUGGAGCGGGACCUCCAAGACUGUCGCACCACUAAAGCUUAGGUGGACAAUAGGGAAGUAUGCACCGAGGUUCAACGGCUUCCAGCAGCACGACUCCCAGGAGUUGCUGGCAUUCCUGCUGGAUGGGUUACACGAGGACCUGAACAGGGUACAAGAUAAGCCUUACAUAGAGCUGAAGGACAGUGCCGGUCGGCCCGACAACGAGGUAGCCUGGGAGGCCUGGGAGAACCACGUGAGGCGCAACAAAUCUGUGGUGGUGGACUUAUUCCACGGGCAGCUCCAGUCCACUGUCACUUGCAUGGUGUGCGGAAACACCAGCGUGCGCUUCGAUCCUUUCAACUUCCUGUCCCUGCCUCUCCCCAUGGAAAGCUGCGUUCAUGUUGAAGUUGUGGUUGUUAGACUGGACGGAUCUGUACCUGUCAGGUACGGUCUUCAGCUAAACCCUGAGGAACGGUACGCAGCUGUUAAGGUCCAGGUGUCGGCUCUUUGUGGUCUGGGGACCCACCAACUCAUGCUGACUGAGGUUGUGGGGGCCGUCAUCAAACUGCUGCUGCCGGACGACCGUAGACUACAAGCCACAUCUCCAAUCGGAGCCCUUUUUGCGUACGAAGUGCUUCCAGACUCCCUGGCAUCUUGUUCAGACGAAGACUCGCUGGUUGUUAGCCACAGGGAACCUCAAACCCUUACGCAAAUACAAAGGAUGGUCAUAACGAACUCUAGCGGUGCCGGUGUAAAGCUGCAGCCAUUGGCCAAUGGAAGCGUGCCAACAGGAGACGUGGGACCAAGCCUCGGGGACGCCAAUGGUGACUUAACUGGCCAGGGUCCUGGCAGUGAGGGUGUCCCAGAACGGCCAGAUACACCGGGAUCUACGUCAUCGGGAAGUGCAGCUGCAUCAGGGUCCUGGAGUGCACCGUACAUGGACUCUGGCAUGACGACGAGUCUUACCAGCAACUCAUCAGCUGCAGACCUCUCCGAGCUGGCUCGGAGAAACUUUGUCAUUGCUUACCACCGCAAAAUGAUGCGUCAGGAUGUGUACUUCCUAUCCUCUCAGAAGACAAGGCCUACCCUUUUUGGCCUGCCAUUAUUGCUUCCAUGUCACGAUGGCACAAGCAAACAGGACCUCUACCGAAUGGUGUGGACACAAGUUGCACGACUUGUGUCACCCUUGCCUCCUUCUGAAGCAACUGUUCCCAAUCACGCUCAAGAUUGUGAUGAUAGCUUGGGGUAUGAGUACCCGUUCACACUGAAGGCAGUACAGAAGGAUGGCUUGAUGUGCUCCUGGUGCCCCUGGUACAAGUUUUGCAGGGGUUGCAAGAUCGAUUGCAAUGACGCAGACUUCAGCUUCAGCUCCCUUUACCUUUCAAUCGACUGGGAUCCCACAGCUCUGCACCUGAGGUACCAGGCAUCCCAAGAAAGAGUGUACGUGGAUCACCCCAGCGUGGAAAGAACGCGUCAACAGAAAGCAGAGCCCAUCAGCGUGCAUGAUUGUUUGGAGGCGUUCACGAAAGAGGAGCACUUGGGAGAGGAUGAAAAAUACUACUGCUCACACUGCAAGCAGCAUCAGUUAGCUUCGAAGAAAUUGCAAAUCUACCGCCUGCCUCCCAUAAUGAUCAUUCACCUAAAACGUUUCCAGCUGCUCAACGGCAAGUGGGUGAAGUCGCAGAAAAUAGUGAGGUUCCCCUUCGUAGAUUUCGAUCCCACGGAUUACUUGUCGCCAGUUCCCCGAAAGGCAGCCAUGAGUUUCAAGUGCCAACAGAGGUUAUGUAGACACCAGCAGGGUUUACCAGCAACAGUGCAAUCCACGGCUGGGAGGAAGCAAGCCAGUAGGUGUCCUACGAAAAAUGGCAAUUCUAGUCAGUACACGCAGAACCAUCCUUGUGUACCAUCGAGCCAGUCACCCUCAGUUCAACCAGUCACUAAUGGGGAUGUGUAUCAUGACUGGGAUGGAGGCGUCGAUACAAUACAGGACCACCACCAGCACCGCCUUCAUCCUGGUUACCACCCCUUGGACCUCAAGUACCAGAUGUAUGCUCUGGCGUGUCAUUCUGGUAUACUCGGAGGAGGUCAUUACGUUUCGUAUGCUUGCAAUCCUAACAACAGGUGGUACUGCUACAAUGACAGCAGCUGCAAGGAAGUGAAGGUAGACCAGAUUGACUCAGAUUCAGCGUACAUGCUUUUCUACGAACGCGAAGGCAUAGACUACGAGGCCUACAUGCCAGACACAGAGGGCAAAGUGCCAGACGCCAGAGACAUUGAUGACGAGUUUGAAAACGACUUUCGAAAGAUGUGCAUUCUUCAGUAGGUGUUUUAAAGAUAGAUUUUGUGCUGAAAACACAGUGGAACGACCGUAGCAUGGCCGUGCUUCUUGCGUAAUGUUGCCCGUAGGAAAGCUGUGCGUGCCCGGCCUGCUCUUCUCAUCUUUGUGAAUUGCGAGAUGCGAGGGAAGAUGCACGGCAGACGUUAAAGUGACCUUAACCCGUUCUGUUCGCUGGAAGAACACCUCUCGUGCAUGAAGUAACUAGCUUAGUCAACUGUUACGGAUAACGUGAUUGUGUGCGUGAUCUUGCUUGUCUUAAGUGUAGUACGUCAAGUACCUCUGAAAGCAUCUUCUGCGUUUUUUUUUUUUUUUUUUCUCUCUCUGCUCAUAUGUGAUAUUCUUAGGUACCUUGACGUUGGUGAAUGAGUACACAGAUAUUUGGUAGCUUAUAAGAAAUCAUUUAUUUGAUUCGUUUUGUCGUGGGUGCCCGAGCAGAGCACCUCGGAAGAUAGCCGCUAAAUGCAGGCAAUAAGUGGUGUCGCGAUGCUUUUUCUACAUUAUACUAUUAGUAGGUAACUUUCUAAUCAAAAGGCAAAUAUGUGUGAAGCGUACUUGUUUUGUAUAUUUGAAGCUAGAGUGAAAAUGUAUAGCCGUGAGAUGAACCAAAGGUUUAUGAUAUUUGUAAAUAUAAUAUAUCUGACUAAGAGUGCUUCAGUGGUAUGUAAAAUGCUGAAAUGGUACCAGCGUAGACAAUUUGUGAGAGAAAAUGUGAAUAUAUACAUACAUAUAUAUAUAUAUAUAGAACUGCAUAAAGGAUACUCGUUACA